AUGGAAAUCGAUUGUGAACAUCAUCAGGUAUUACUUGAACUUAUUCGACAGGUACCAGAAAUAUCCGAAGAAUUACAACCAUUAAUAAAAACAGACAAAUGGUCUCUAGAUAAACGUCAUUUAUUAAUAAAUUUACUUGUUCAACAAUUAUUACAAAGUGAUUCAUUAUCAUCGAAAUUUUGUGAACAAAUUCAAAAUUUAUUUCCACAUUAUUUUAUUGCAUUUAUUCAUCGUCUUUAUAUAGCAGUGAAUUUUUCAAAUAAAAUAACUAAUCAUAUAUCAAUUAAACAAAGAUUUCUUGUUUUACUUUCUCAAAUUUUACAAGAUUAUCCUUCAUUACAUACAAUAACUGAAAAUCACCUUUUAUCAACAGAUACAUCAUUAAUUGAAUGGAAUGGAGAAAGUCCAAAAAAGAAAUUAAAAAUAAAAGAAAAUAAUAUAAAUGAUCAUGUUUAUUUACUUCUUUCAACACUUCGUUUAUUAUUAUUAUCAAAUUCAAAAAUAAAUUUAAUUCAUUCAUGGAAAUGGAAUACACUUAUUCAUUUAUUACAAAAUACUAAUGAUGAUUAUGUCAAAUGGUUAGCAUUUCUUUGUCUAUCGAUCAUAUUUAAUAUGUCAUCGAAUCAACAAGAUUUAUAUCGACCUAACGUGUCAAAUACAACUAUUUUCAAAAUCUUUGAUCUGAUUAAUUCAAAAUCUAGUCUUCCAGUUGAUAUAUCUACUUGUGAUAAAUUAUUUAUUGAUAAUGAUUUUAAAAAACGUAGUGUAUUUAUAAAUGGUAUUCCUUUAUUAAAAUAUAAUAUGAAUAAAAAAUCAAAUGAUAAUGAAUCUUUAAUUGAAAUAAAACUGACUCAUACAUCAACAAUAGAUAAAUGUUUACGUGAAAUAGCAUUAAGUAUAACACUUUCUUGGACAACAUUAAUUUAUAGUUCAAUAAGUAAUGGAAAAACAAUGAUUGUUGAAUAUAUUGCUCAACAAAUUGGAAAACGAUUAAUUAAAAUUCAAUGUUCAGAUCAUAUGGAUAGUAAAGUUCUAUUAGGUACAUAUCAAUGUACAGAUAAACCUGGAGAAUUUAUUUGGACAUCUGGUUUACUUGUUGAAGCAACAUCAGAAGGUCAUUGGUUAUUAAUGGAAGAUAUUGAUGCUGCUACUUCAGAUGUAUUAUCAACAAUAAAAAGUUUAAUUGAAACAAAAUCUAUUGGAUAUGGUUCAAUUUCACCAGAUUUUCGUCUUUUUCUAACACAACGUGAUACGGGUAUACCAGUUCAAUCAAAUGAAUUAAUACAUUUAUUAAAAAGUGUAUUUUGUAUUGUAAUACCUUCAUAUGCUGAUUCUGAAAUAAUUCAAAUAAUGCAAGAUCUUCCAAUAUGGAAUGAUGAUUUGCAAUUAUUUCAAAUGAAAUUAUUUCAAUUAUAUCAAUCAUUACAAAAUACAAAAGGAUCAAUACAUACACGUUUAGUUACUUUACGUGAUUUAUUAAAAUGUUGUCGUCGUUUAUCGAAUUUAUCAAUAUCACGUUCAAUUCAUAGACAAUUAGCAUUUUAUGAUGUAUUAGAUUGUUUUGCAUCAUUUUUACCAAAACUAAAUCGUUUAGAAAUUCUUCAAUCUAUUGGAACAUUAUUUAAUAUGAAUAAUCAAGAAGCAGAAUUUUAUGCAUUGAAAACUAUACCAGAAUUUGAUGAACAUGAUAAUCAAUAUUUUGCUAUUGGACAUGUUAAAUUAGAAAUACAAAAGAAAAAAAAUCAAUCAUUACAACAACAAUAUUGUUUUGCAAAAACUCGUACAGCUACGUAUAUACUUGAACGUAUUGCACGAUGUGUUCAAAUGAAUGAACCUGUUUUACUUUGUGGUGAAACUGGUUGUGGAAAAACAACACUUGUUCAAUAUUUAGCUCAAAAAACAGGAAAUCGUCUUCAUGUAAUUAAUUUAAGUCAACAAAGUGAUGCUGUUGAUUUACUUGGUGGUUAUAAACCAUUUGAUUCUUUAUUAUUAUUAAAACAAAUUUAUCGAGAUUUUUCAAUUGAACAAAUAACAAAUGAAUAUAUUGAACAAGUUCAAAAAUCAAUUCAAUCAAAACGAUAUAAAGAAGCAAUUAAAUUAAUGAUUAAAUAUAUAGAUACGAAUUCACCAUUAAAAAAUCAACUUAUUAAAUUACGUCAAUCAUUUAAAUCAAAAAAUAAAUCUGCACUUAUUUUUCGAUUUGUUGAAGGUUCACUUGUUCAAGCAUUACGUAAUGGUGAUUGGAUUUUAUUAGAUGAAAUUAAUUUAGCUUCAUCUGAAACUCUUCAAUUACUUAGUGGAGUACUUGAAAGUGAACAAGGAACUAUUUGGCUUACUGAACGAGGUGAUAAACAAUCAAUAGUCCGUCAUAAAAAUUUUCGUUUAUUUGGUUGUAUGAAUCCGGCAUCAGAUGUUGGUAAACGAGAUAUUCCAAUUGGUAUUCGAAAUCGAUUUACAGAAUUUUUUGUUGAUGAAUGUGAUGAACGAUCAGAAUAUUUAAUUAUUGUUGAUAAAUAUCUUAAUCAAACAAAUAUACCAAAAGAAUAUAUUGAUAGAAUUGUAACAUUUUAUAUUGAUAUACAAAAUAAAGUUAAAAAUUUUCUUUUAACUUCAUCAUCAACAUCAAAUAAUCGAAUAUCAAUUACUUAUAGUUUAAGAACUUUAUGUCGUGCAUUAAAAUAUGUUGCAACAACACAAUGGUCAGGAAAAUCAUAUUCUCGAGCUUUAUUUGAAGGUUUUUGUUUGAGCUUUUUUAGUCAAUUGGAUCGAUCAUAUUAUCAUGAUGUUCAAAAACUAAUUCAUCAAAUUAUAUUACAAGAAAAACCGUCAAUUGAAACAUUAUUAAAAUCCAGUCAAAUGAUUGUUUCAAAAGAAUAUUCUAAAAAAUAUAUUGAAAUAAAAAAUUAUUUAAUAUUAAAAGGUGAUGAAAUAUCUUAUAAAAAUGAAAAUUAUAUAUUUACUGAAACAGUUAAUGAAAAUUUAAUUAAUAUAAUACGUAUAUUAUCAGCUAAAUCAUAUCCAAUUUUACUUCAAGGUGAAACAUCUGUUGGUAAAACUUCAUUAAUUAAUUGGUUAGCAUUAUUAACAGGAAAUAAAUGUUUACGUAUAAAUAAUCAUGAACAUACUGAUCUAUCAGAAUAUCUUGGUACAUAUACAUGUUCAUCAAAUAAUGGACAAUUAAUAUUUCAAGAUGGUCCAUUAAUAAAAGCAAUGCGUUAUGGUUGGUGGAUUAUACUUGAUGAAUUAAAUUUAGCAUCAAGUGAUAUAUUAGAAGCAUUAAAUCGUUUAUUAGAUGAUAAUAGACAAUUAUAUUUAAGUGAAACAAAUGAAUUAAUAAAUGCACAUGAACGUUUUCAAUUAUUUGCAACACAAAAUCCAGCUGGUGAACAAUAUGCUGGACGUAAACGUUUAUCACGUGCAUUUCGUAAUCGUUUUAUUGAAUUACAUUUUAAUAAUUUACCACAAUAUGAAUUAGAAAUAAUUAUUGAAAAAAAAUGUCAAUUACCUAAAACAUAUUCAAAAUUAUUAAUACAAACAAUGAUUGAUUUACAAAAAUAUCGUUCACAAAAAGGUAUUUUUUCUGGUAAAACAAGUUUAAUUACAUUAAGAGAUUUAUUUCGUUGGGCACAACGUUAUACAUUAUAUAAAAAUACAUGUGAAAAUUAUAAACAAUUUUUAGCUGAACAUGGUUAUUUAUUAUUAGCUGGUAGAUCAAGAAAUUUUGAUGAUAGAUUUUUUAUUAAACAAAUUAUUGAAAAAUAUUUUUGUGAUAAAAAAAUGUUUAUUAAUGAAGAUAUUUUAUUUGGUGAUGAAGGUAGUCAAUAUUCAACACGUGAAAUAUGGCAACAAAUUAAAAAAAAUAAUCAAUUAAAACAUAUUGUUUGGACACAACCAUUAAGACGAUUAGCUAUUCUUUGUGCUUUAUCUAUUCAAUUUGAUGAACCAGUUUUAUUAGUUGGAGAAACUGGAUGUGGUAAAACGACAGUAUGUGAAAUUCUUUCACAAAUUAAUAAACAAAAAUUAUUUACAAUAAAUUGUCAUACAACAACUGAAAGUGCCGAUUUUAUUGGUAGUAUUCGUCCUGUUCGUCGUCAGGAAAAAAAUAUUAAAUAUAAUGAAAAUCAAAAUUUAUUUGAAUGGCAAGAUGGUGUAUUAGUAUGUUCAAUGAAAGAAGGUGGACUUUUUCUUAUUGAUGAAAUAUCAUUAGCUGAUGAUAGUGUACUUGAACGAUUAAAUAGUGUUUUAGAACCUGAAAAAGAAUUAGUUUUAGCUGAAAAAGGUUAUAAUAAUGAUGAUCAACAUAUUGAUAUUAUAAAAGCACAUGAAAAAUUUCGUUUAAUUGCUACAAUGAAUCCUGGUGGUGAUUUUGGAAAAAAAGAACUUUCACCAGCAUUACGUAAUCGUUUUACAGAAAUUUGGUGUACACCAAGUGAAUCUAUUGAUGAUUUAUAUUUAAUUAUAAUACAUAAUUUAAAAUUAAAUAAUGAGGAUCAACAAAAAGAAUGUACAAAAAUUAUGUGUGAUUUUAUUCAAUAUUUUCAAACAAUUUCAACAACAAAACGUAUUUUAAUAACUGUUCGAGAUAUUCUUAGUUGGAUAUCAUUUAUUAAUUUAAAUCCUGAAAAUUGGCAAUAUUCAUAUGAACAUGGUGCUUAUUUAGUUUUUAUUGAUGCUAUAGAUUCUACAUUAUCAUUAAAACAAAUAAUAAUUGAUUUUUUAAUAAGUCAACAAAAACAAAAAUCAAUUUUAUCAGAAAAUAUAAAUAUUAAAUCAAAUUAUUUAACAUUUGGUUCAUAUUCAAUUCCACGUGGUUCAUUUAUUUAUAAUGAUUAUGAAGAAUAUAGUUUUAAAGCACCAACAACAUUAUUAAAUGUUCAAAGACUUUUACGUGCAAUGCAAUUAACAAAUAAACCAAUAUUAAUUGAAGGUAGUCCUGGUGUUGGAAAAACAAGUUUAGUUAUUGCAUUAGCAAAAUUAGCUGGUUAUUCAUAUAUUAGAAUUAAUCUAUCAGAACAAACAGAUAUAAGUGAUUUAUUUGGAUCAGAUUUACCAGAUGUUGAAACUGGACAAGCUGGAAAAUUUAAAUGGCAUGAUGGACCUUUAUUAACAGCAAUAAAAAAUAAUCAAUGGAUUAUUCUUGAUGAACUUAAUUUAGCUAAUCAAUCAGUUUUAGAAGGAUUAAAUGCAUGUUUAGAUCAUCGAGGUGAAAUUUAUAUUCCAGAAUUAAAUCGAACAUUUUAUAUUCAUGAUAAAGAAAGACAUAUACCAUUACGUAUAUUUGCUUGUCAAAAUCCAUAUGGACAAGUUAGUGGACGAAAAGGUUUACCAAAAUCAUUUUUAAAUCGUUUUACAACAAUUUAUUUUUCUUUACUUGAAAGAAUUGAUUUAAAAAUAAUAUGUCAACAAUUAUAUGAUCAAAUAUCUGAAGAUAUUAUUGAUAAAAUGUUAAAUUUUAAUGAAAACAUUCAACAAGCAUUUAAUAAUAAUCAAUGGGAUUUUAAUUUACGUGAUUUAUUAAAAUGGUGUCAAAUGUUUAAUCAAAAUAAUCAAAAUCAAUAUAAAGCUUUUGAUUUAAUUUAUAUUAAACGUAUGAGAACAAAAAAAGAUCAAGAUCAUAUUAGACAAAUUUAUCAACAAACAACUGGAUGGAACAUUGAAUCAAUUGAAAUUGAUUUUCAAAUUAAUUCAAAAGUUUUACAAAUUGGUUCAAGAAAAUGGUCUCGUGAAUCUAUUCGUCUUCCAACAUUAUCAUUAACUCAUCCAAUUUUAUUAAUGCGUCAUCAAUUAGAAAGUCUAUCAUCAAUAUUUGAAUGUUUAUCAUCAUCAUGGCCAAUACUUCUUGUUGGUCCAUCAUCACGUUCAUCAAAAUCAACAUUAAUACAUAUAUUAUCAUGUUUAUGUGGACAUCAAUGUCAAAUAUUUGAAUUAAAUUCUUCAAUUGAUACAAAUGAAUUAUUAGGAAAUUAUGAACAAUUUAAUUUUCAACAAUAUUCUAAAUAUCAUUUAAAUAUAUUAAAACAAGAAUAUAUUAAAAAUAAUGAAAUAAAUUUAUUAAAUGAUUUAAAUAAUGAAAAUAAAUUAAUAACAAUUGAUUAUUUAAAUGAAUUAAAAGAAUAUUUACCAUCAAAUGAAAUUGAUAAAUUAAUAUCAAAAUAUUGUCAAGAACAACAUUUUGUUUGGAUUGAAUCAAUAUUAAUACGUUCAAUGCGUCAAGGAGAUUGGUUAAUACUUGAAAAUGUUAAUACAUGUUCAUUAAGUGUUUUAGAUCGUUUAAAUUCUUUAUUAGAACCAAAUGGACAAUUAAUAUUAAAUGAAGGUGGUGGACAAGGUUCACUUAUAAAACCACAUGAAAAUUUUCGACUUAUUUUAACAAUGGAUCCUAAACAAGGUAAUGGAGAAAUUUCAAGAGCUAUGAGAAAUCGUUGUUGUGAAAUUUAUAUUGAUGAUCAACAAGAAUAUAAUUAUUAUGAUUUAAAAGAAUUAAUACAAUCUUGUCAAAUUUAUCAACAACAACAACAACAACAUUUUAUUCAAAUUCAUCAAAUACUUUGUCAAAAAGUAUCAACAUUUGGUUUUCAUAAUUUAAUUCGAUCAUGUUUAUUAUUCAAUGAAUUAUCACGUUCAUCAAAUGAAUCAUUUCGUUUAGCAAUAAAAACAGCUUAUUGUACAUUAAAUAGUCGUUUAAAUACAGAAAUUAAUUUAUUAAUUGAUGAAUUUAUAUCAAAUUCUAUUGAAAUAAAUUUUAUAAUAUCACCAAUACGAAUAAAUGAUUUAUGUUUACAACCUGAAUUAAUUCUUUCAAAUAAACAAAAUAUUCCAUUAUGGUAUUGUUCAUUAAAUAUUGAACAAAGAAAAUUUCAUUUAUUAUUUUAUCGUUUUAUUGAAAAUUUAUCAUCAAUAUUAAUUGAAUAUGAUUUAUUUUCAUAUAAACAUCCUCAACAAAUAAAUUUAAUUAAUAUUGUUAAAGAAAUAAAUAAUAAUAAAAAUAAUUUAUUAUUAAGAAUAUUAAUUGAACAUGAUUUUAUUUAUAAACAAUUAAAAAAAACUAUUAAAACAAAAUAUAUUGAUGAAAAUUUAUUUUUUGAAAAUAGUGAUGGACAAUUUUGGUUAUUAAUUAAACAAUAUUUUAUUCAAACAUUAUCUUCAUCUGAUUUGAUUAAUAAUGAUGAAUUAUCAUUUUCAUAUUAUCGUUCAUGGCGUUGGUUUAUAUCUAUAAUUGAAUCACCAUCAAAUUUAAUAAAUCGUCGUCUUCAUUUAAUAAUAGCAUGGCCAUAUAUUCGUAUAAUAUUUAUAAAUUCUAUAGAAAAUUCAUUAUUUAUUCAACAAAUAAAACAAAUUGAUGAACAAUAUAUGAUAAUACAAAAUGAAUUUUUUCAAUUUUAUAAUUAUUAUCAAAAUCAAAUACAUUAUUUAAUAAAAACAAAAUCUGAAUAUGAAUAUUUAUGUCAACGUUAUAAAAUAUUUUAUCAAAUUGAUUUAUUUAAUGAUAAUAAAACAGAAAAAAAUUUAGAAAAAUAUUUACAAUAUUGGUUUCAUUAUGAUAAACAAUUAAUUAAUUAUUUUCAACAAUUAAAACAAUCACAGGAUAAUAAUAUAAAUAUUUUAAAAGAAAUUGAAACAAGUUGGAAUGAAUUAAAAUAUUCUUCAAUAACAAAUGAUCGUGAUAUAUUAUUUUAUAAUACAUUUGAAUCAAUUCUUAGUUAUCAAUAUCAAUGGAUAAAUUCCUAUUAUCAUAAAAAUUCUUUAUUAUUUCCAUUUGUUUCAUUAUCAAUACCAUUUAAUAAUGAAGAAGAUUGGGAUGAAUAUUUUUGUAAAUUAAUAUCAUAUUCAAUAAAUCCAUCAAUAAAUGAAAUAUAUAUUGAAAAAUGGCUUGAACAAACAAAUUCUAUAUCAUUAUUAUAUUAUUUUAAUAUUCAUUCAUUAAAUGUUCCAUUUGGUUUAUAUGAUAAAGUAUCUCAACAAAUUAAUUAUUGGUCAAAAUUUUUAUGGUUAAAUGGUUCAUUUCUUGAAUGUAAUCGAUCAAAAUUUGAAAAUUUUCUAAAAAAUUGUUUAGAAAAUUCAAAAAAUAAUUUUGAAAAAAAUCUUUCAUUAGAAUUAAUUGAACAAAGUUUAAAUAAAAUUGAAUUAAUUUAUCCACGUGGUGAUAUUGAUCCAAUUAUUUAUGAACAAAUAAUAAAUGAUUAUAAAUUAAAAUUUCAAAAUGAAAUAAAUUAUGAAUAUAAUUUAAGAAUUGAAUGUCAACAACAAUAUGAAUAUUCAUUUAAUAAAAAAAUUCAUCAAUGGGAAAAACAAAUGAAAAUUAUUUUAAAUCAAUUUCAAAUAGAAAAAUAUAAUUAUUAUCGUUUUAAUAAUGAACAAUAUCAAUUAUUAAUUAAUUAUUUAAAUCGACAAUUAAUUAAUAAUUUAAUAAAUCAUCAGUUUUUAAUUGAACAAAUUUAUAAAAAAAAUGAUAAAAAAAUUUAUCAACAAUGGAGAAAAAAUAUUGUUGAAUUUUAUAGAAAUUUUAUUUUAUCAGAUAAAUUUUAUAUUUAUAGAGAUAUAACAAUGCCUUUAAUGAAACAAGUUUUUCAAAUUGUUCUUGCUUUUGAUUAUUAUUUUCAAACAAAUAUUCAUUCUAACAAAACUAUUUUUAAUUAUUGUCUUUUUCCAUAUGGAUUAAAUCAUUAUAAUUUAUUUUAUAUUGCACAAGAUCUAUUUCAAAAACGAACAUUUGUUCAACAAAAUAUGCCAAUCGAGCGUUUUAGACAGUAUUUUGUAUUAAUAAUUGAAUAUCUGGUUGUAUAUAUUCAUAUAAAUUCUAAUCGUUCAAAAGAAUUUAAUAAUUUGUUACAUUCAUAUCUUGAAACAAUUCAUUAUCUUUGGUCUGAUGAACAACGUCAAUUAGAUGAAGAAAAACGUUUAUCAUCAAGUAUUUAUCGUCAUGAAACAAGUGAACUUGAAAGUGAACAAGAUGAUUCGGAAUAUCAACGAUUAUUUCCAUCAUUUGAUUCUGAUUUUAUUGAUUUUUUACCAAAAAAUGAAAAUAAUAAUAAUAAUAAUGAUAAUAAUGAAAAAGAAGAAAUAAAACCAUCAAAAUGUUCAAUACUUCCAUAUUAUCUUCUAUAUGAAUAUUUUUCAUCAAUAAUAAAUAAUAAAAAAUAUUCAUUAAAUGAAUUAAUUCAAUCAUUUUUUAAUAGUUUAUAUGAAUUUGGUGAAGAUAAUCGUUUAAUAGCACAUAUGAUACGUUUAUCAAUAAAAUCAAAAGAACCAUUAUCAAAACAUUUAUUAAAUAAAAUAAAACCAUUUGAUAUAUAUCAAGAUUCAAAUUCUUCAAUGAUAGUUGAAUCAAAUUCAAUUAUUUUAUCAAUUGAACAACGUACAAAUUAUCUAUUAGAAACACAUGAAAAUCAUCCAACACUUGUUGAAAUUCUUCUUAUUAUAAAACGUAUUAAAUCAUUUUCAAUAGAAAAUUCAUUAAUAAAAUUUCUUUAUGGUUUUGAUAUAUUAUUUACAAAAUUAAUAUAUUGGCAAGAAACAUAUUCAUCAAAAACACUUCAAACAACAUUUAAUAAAGAAUUAGAAAUUUUAACAUCAUAUAUAAUAAAAUAUCGUAAAUAUGAAUUUAAUUGUUAUCAACAAACAUUAUCAAUGAUUGAUUAUAAACAACGACAACAAACAAUUGAAUAUUGGUGGUUAUAUUUAUUUUCAUUAUUAAAUUCUGAAAAUGAUUUUAUUUUAUUAGAAAAAAAUCUUCAUGAAUUUUUUCAUAAAUCAACAUUAGGUGAUUUUCAUAUACGUUUAGAAUUAUGUCAAACAUUUUCAAUAUAUUUUACUACUAAUAAUAAUAAUAAUAAUUUAAUAUUAAAUUUUAUAAUAAAUUAUUAUAAACAAUUUGCAGAAUAUAUUGAAUUUGAAAAAAAUUCAAUAAAAAAUCAAAUUGAAAAUGAUAUAAAAAAUUUUUUUAAAAUUCAACAAUGGAAAGAUACAAAUUAUUAUUCAUUAAAACAAUCAAUUGAUAAAUCACAUAAAUAUUUAUUUAAAUCAAUUAAAAAAUAUAAAUUAUCAUUAUUACAAUCAAUAGAAAAAUUUUUUUUAUUAUAUAAAUAUAAAUUUAAUUAUUUAUUAACUAAAAAUCAAGAUUUUUUUCGUUUAAUUAAUUUAAAAUUUUAUUAUAAAAAUUUUUUUAAUUUUUUAUUAAUUAAAAAAAUUAAAUUUGAUACAAAUUUUAUAAAUGAAUAUUCAUUAACAAUAUCAUCAAUGAAAAUUCAUCAAAAUGAUUAUAAACAAUUAUAUAAUGAAAAACGUCAAUUAUUAACACAAUUAUUUAAAAAAUUAACAUCAAUUGGUUUAUCAUUUAAAAAAGGUUUAUUAUAUAUUAAUUCACAAACAUCAUUUUCAUUAUUAAAUAUUGAUUUUAAAUUUUAUAAUAUCGAUUUAACAAAAAAUAUUUAUGCUUUUAUUGAAACAAAAAAAAAUAAAAAAUAUCUUAUUAAUAAUCGUUUAAAUAUAUUAGAAAAAUUUUCUUUAUUUUAUAAACAAACUGAUUUAAAUUAUUAUUCAAUUAUUUAUCAAUAUAAUCAAUUAAAUUUAUUAUUAAAAACAAAUAAAAUUGAUUCAAUUAUUUAUCAACGUAUACAAGGUUUUAUGGAACAUUUAAUUAAAAUAAUAUUUCAACAAAAAAUUCUUUUACAUCAAUUUAUUCAACAAUAUCAAGAUUUUUCAAAAAUAUUUUCAAUUUAUUCAAAACAAAAUUUUCAAUAUUCUUCAAAAAAUAUUGAUCAAUUAUAUAAUUUAACAAUUUGUUUUAUUGAAAGAAUUUAUUCAUUUUUAUUAAUUAUUCGAUCAAUACCUGAAAAUUCUUUUGAACAUAUUCCAAUUAUUGAUCAAUUACCAAAUUAUAUUCAUUUAUUAAAUAGAAAUGAUUUUAUUAAUUUAUUAGAAAAUUUUUUAGAACGUUUAAAUUUAUUAAUUGAAAAAAUUAAUCAAUUUUAUGAUUAUAUUAUUGAUUAUCAUCCUUUAUUAAAUCAUAUUUAUUCAUUACAUUCAGAAAUUUCUUCAACUAAACAACAAAUUAUUAAUGUUAUUGAAAAAUUAUUUAUUGAUGAAAAUAAUUUUCCUAAUGAUCAAUUUAUUGGACAAUUAGCCAAGAAUUUUAUUGAAAUUUAUCAAUUAUUUUCUCAAAUUGAUCUUAUCAAUCACGAUAAAGAAUCAAUUCCAUCAGUUACAUUUAAGCCAUUAAAACGUUAUAGAAAACGUUUAAUAACAUCUCUCAAUGAUUUAAAUUCAAAUCUUCCAACAAGAUCUGAUUCAUCAUCAAUGUGGCUUGUUCAUUAUUAUAAUUAUUUUAAUAAUUAUAUAAAUCGAUUAGAUCUUCCUUAUUUAACAAAUUUAAUAUCAAAAACAAUAACAUCAAAAUCAAUUAUAUUUUAUCAUGAUAUUCAUUUAUUAAGUGAAGAAUUAUUAUAUCGUUUUAUUUAUUAUCAUCAUUGUACAUCACAAAUAUAUUUAACAUUAAGUAAUACAUUUCAAAUAUUAUUACGUGAUGGUUUUCAAAAGCCACAAGAUGAACAAGAAAACGAUGAAAAUAAUCAACAAGAACAAAAAACUGAAGGUGGACCAUGUGGAAUGGGUGAAGGACAAAUAAAUAAUGAUGCUAAAGAUGUUUCAGAUCAAAUUGAAACAGAAGAUCAAUUAGAUGAAACUAAAAUGUCUGAACAAGAUAAUGAUCAAAAAACAGAUGAACAACAAAAUAUUGAUGAAGAUAAAAAUGGUAUUGAAGUUUCAUUUGAUUUUGAAGCAUCAAUGGAAAAUCCAGAAAAUCUAGAAAAUGAAGAAAAUGAUAAUGAAAGUGAAUCAUCAAAUGAUGAUAAUAUUGAUGAUGAAAUGGGAGAUGUUAAUGAAGAUGAUCAAGGUGAAAUAUUCGAUGAAAAAAAAUGGGGUGAUGAACAAGAAGAAGAAGAAGAAGAAGAAGAAGAUAAAAAAAAACCCAAUGAAACUGAUAAAUCAACUGGUAAAGAUAAACGAGAAGAUGAUGGUCUAUUAGCUAAAGAUGAUCAAUUAGAAUCUAUUGAUGAAGAUCUUGAAACAAAUGAUAAUAAUAAUAAUAAUAAUAAUGAAGAUCAACAACCUGAAACAACACAAAAUGAUUUUAAUUCUGAAGAACCAUUAGAACUUCCAGAAAAUAUGGAUUUAGAUGGUGGAAAUGAUGAAGAAAAUGAUUUAAAUCGUCCAGAAGAUGAAAAUAUUGAUUUAUCAAAUGAAGAAAAUCCUGAUGAUAAUAAUGAACAAUCAAUUGAAGAUAAUCCUGAUGAUAAUAAUGAACAAUCAAAUGAAGAAAAUCCUGAUGAUAAUAAUGAACAAUCCAAAGAAAAUGAAGAAGAAACUAAUAAUGAAAAUUCAACUUCAAUAGAAAAUCAAUUAUCUGAUCUUCCAGAAAAUCUUCCUGAACAAGAAUCAGUUUUAACACAAGAUAAAACAUCAAAUACAGAUUCUACCAAUCAACAAAAUGAACUUAAAAAAGCAUUUGCUAAUGCUGAAACAUUUGAAGAACAACAAAAACAACAAAAUACAGGUGAAUCAUCAUCAUCAAAACAAACUUCUCAAACACAAAAAAUUUCAUCAUCAAAUCAAGAAAAUCAAUUAACAGAAGAAUUAAAUAAUAAUUUUCAAUCAGAUAAUAUAAAUAAAUCAUCAAAUCAAUCAAAUGAACAACGUACAUUAAGUGAAAUAGCAUCAUUUAUUGAUCAAAAUAUAAAAGCAGCAUUUGAUUUAGAACAUAUUGAAAAUUUAAAUUCUCAUGAUGAUAAUGAUUUACCUACUUUAGAACAAAAUCCUAAUCAACAACAAACACAAAUUUAUGCACAUGCAAAAAAUAUUCCACAAGAUUUUUCACAACAAAAACAAAUUCUUGAUUCAGCUACAGAAGAACAAACAAAAAAUCUUAAUCAACAAGAUGAAUCAAUGCUUAUUGAUAAUCAACAACAACAACAAGAAGAACAAGAACAACAACAAGAACAAGAACAACAAUCAAAAUCUUCAUCAUCAAAAUUACAAAAAGAAUCAAUAGAAAAAUCUAAAAGAAUAACAAAUAAUGAACAAAUAUCAGAAAUAAAUGAAAAUAAUGAAUUAAUUUCAAUUGAUAAACCUUAUAUAUUAACAACAACAGUUGAACAUCAAUUUAAUUAUAUAGCAAAUGUUAAAUCAUUAACAAAUAAUUUAACUGAACAAAUUGAAUAUCAAUUAGAAGAAUGGUAUACAAAUUUAAAUGAAAAUUUAAAUGAAAAUUCAAAUGAUGCUGAACAACUUUGGACACAAUUAGAAUAUUUAACACAACCAUAUGUUUUUGAAUUAUGUGAACAACUUCGUCUUUUACUUGAACCAACACAACGUACAAAAUAUUCAGGAGAUUAUCGAACAGGAAAACGUUUAAAUAUGAAACGUAUUAUAUCAUAUAUAGCAUCAGAUUUUCGUAAAGAUAGAAUUUGGUUAAGACGUUUAAAACCAUCAAAAAGACAAUAUCAAUUAAUAUUAGCUAUUGAUGAUAGUCAAUCAAUGGAUAAUUUACAAGUUAAACGUUUAGCUUUAGAAUCAUUAAUUUUACUUGGACAAACAUUAAAUUUAUUAGAUAUUGGACAAUUUGGUAUUGUUUCAUUUGGACAAUUUAUUAGAAUUUUACAACCAUUAAGUCAAACAUUUAAUCAUCAAAAUGGUAUUCAAAUACUUCAACAAUUAA